GUUUCUGAUUUUGAUCCAGUGUUUGGGUUUCUUCUAGGCCGUACAAGAUGAACCGAUUCUUCGGAAAAGCAAAACCCAAGGCUCCGCCUCCCAGCCUGACUGACUGCAUUGGCACGGUGGAUAGCAGGGCAGAAUCCAUUGACAAAAAGAUUUCUCGACUGGAUGCUGAACUAGUGAAGUAUAAAGAUCAGAUCAAGAAAAUGAGAGAGGGUCCCACAAAGAAUAUGGUCAAGCAGAAAGCCUUGCGGGUCUUAAAGCAAAAGCGGAUGUACGAGCAGCAGCGGGACAAUCUCUCCCAGCAGUCAUAUAACAUGGAGCAAGCCAAUUACACCAUCCAGUCUCUGAAGGACACCAAGACCACGGUUGACGCUAUGAAACUGGGAGUAAAAGAAAUGAAAAAAGCAUACAAGCAAGUGAAAGUUGACCAGAUUGAGGAUCUACAAGACCAGCUGGAGGAUAUGAUGGAAGAUGCCAAUGAAAUCCAGGAAGCCCUGAGUCGUAGUUACGGCACCCCAGAAUUAGAUGAAGAUGACCUAGAAGCAGAAUUGGAUGCACUGGGUGAUGAGCUGUUGGCUGAUGAAGACAGCUCGUAUUUGGAUGAAGCAGCAUCUGCACCUGCGAUUCCUGAAGGUGUGCCCUCUGAUGCAAAGAAUAAGGAUGGAGUGUUGGUGGAUGAAUUUGGAUUGCCACAGAUUCCUGCUUCAUAG